AUGAUGACAGACACUAACACAGUUAGACUCACUAGACGUGUUGAGUACAAUGCCAAGUGGGAGAAUGUGGGAAUUUUCCAAUGUUAUUCUGAUGACAGUGAAGAGUCUGAGGAUAAACAGCAGCAAAACCCCACACCCACUGAUGAAGGUUCUGAAUCUGAAACUGACUCAGAUGGUUCAGAGGAUUUAAAGAGUGCUAAGGUCUCUCUGCGACCCUCUGAAGGCUCUGAUCGAGAAUUGGAGGAACCACUGUCCACUAUAGGCCACUUUUCUCCUAAGAAAGAAGAAGAAAGCGUUGAAGACUUGCGUCUGAUUCACAGGUCUGAAAGAGCCACAAGAGGUAAACCUCCAGAGAGAUUUGCUGAUGAAUUUGCUAAAGUAGCUAAAGCUGUAACUGCUGUUAAUAGCUCCAAGAAGGUAUUUGAACCUUCAAACUUCCAAGAGAUCCAGGCUUUGGACUCGAAAGAUGCUGAGCCCAUGGUUAACGUGCCAUGA